CAUGGCGGCUCUCUGUAGCCGCAGCAGCAGGUUCGCUUCCGCUGUUAAAAAAGUAGGAAGUUGUCUUUUUCAGUCCGUUUUUGUCGCACAGGCGGCGAAGUGUGGACACAACAUGGACACUGACAGACCAACAAAGCUGGAGUUUGCUGUGCAGAUGACAUGUGACACUUGUGCACAGAAGGUCAGAGCUGCUCUGGAGGGAAAACCAGGAGUGAAGUCGUUCAGCAUCGAUGUGAGCAGGGAGGAGGUGUUGGUGGAAUCCGCUCUGACCAUCGCUCAGGUUCAGGCUAUGAUUGAAAGCACCGGACGCAGAGCCGUGUUAAAGGGCAUCGGAGGAUCAGAGCGAGACUUGGGUACAGCUGUGGCCAUGUUGGCCGGUGCAGGAAACAUCCAGGGUGUGGUGCGUUUCCUGCAGUUAUCGACGGAGCGCUGUUUGAUUGAUGGAACCAUCGAUGGGUUGGAGCCUGGACUCCACGGCCUCCAUGUUCACACCCUGGGCGACCUCACACAGGACUGCAACAGUUGUGGGGAGCACUUUAACCCCUGUGGAAGACAACACGGUGGUCCAGGAGACCCUGAAAGGCAUGCAGGUGAUCUGGGAAACAUCGUUGCCGAGGCAGAUGGCAGAGCCUCAUUUAGACUAGAAGACACUCAACUAAAGGUAUGGGAUGUGAUUGGCCGGUCACUGGUGGUGGAUGCGGGGGAGGAUGACUUGGGCCGUGGCGCUCACCCUCUCUCCAAACAGACGGGAAACUCUGGGGAAAGAUUGGCCUGUGGAAUCAUUGCUCGAUCUGCCGGUCUUUUCCAAAACCCCAAACAGAUCUGUGCCUGUGACGGGGUCACACUGUGGGAAGAGAGAGACAGGCCGAUAGCUGGAACAGGUCGAAGCAAGGCCAACACAGAGACUCCAGCAGCAAAUCUGUGAACGCUAAUGAGCAAGAGAAAUGCAGUGGACAUUUUUGUUGAGUCAGAGGCGAGGAAGUCAGAGCACUUAGGGAUACAUAUCCCAAACUGAAAGAAAAUCAAAGUAAAAUGUGUCGAUUUUCCUGAAAAUAUUCUCUUUGUGAAGAAAUCAAAUGCUCCUGCAGUUGCACUUAAUGUCCUCAGAGGGUUUUCAAAAGCACUAAAGCUGAUUAAAACACGCAGAGGUGUUGUAAAUGUCGCAUCUGAUUAGCUACAACUCCAUUACUGCUGUUUUAUAUUUGUUUAUCCAGUUUGCCUUUGACACAACAAUCUCAUCACCGUCAAUAUUGAUGCGCUCGUAAGAUCCGAGGUUUCCAUUUUGGCUGUGUCCUGGUAAAUAAAUAAGUGCGUUUAGUUUGCCGUUAAAGUGUCCGAGUUAAUUACGCCAGCCUCUUAAGGAGCAUAGCAGUUAAAAAUGCUACAUCCUGUUUCUCUCUCUCAGCAGCUCAGCCGCACCACUCUGAGCACUGGUUCACCUGUUGAUUUGUGGGAAAAGAUAAGAGUAGCUCAGCUACUAUUGAAGAAAAUUUGUUAUGUAUUUUCAUAAUUUAUACAGUAUUUUGGAGAAAAGUUAACACAAAAAAAGAAAAGUUCUUCCUCGUGUUGUGUCCCAAACCCCCUCCAAAAUGUAUUGGAACAUCCACAAAACGUCAUGGGUUCUUCUUCAUGUUAUGUACUAACAUGAAGGUUGUCCCUCAACAAAACUUCAUAGGUUCUUCAGGUUAUGUACUAACCCUUUGCAGAAUAACAUGGGUUCUUCCUUAGGUUGUCCCAACCCUCAACAAAACCUCAUAGAUCCUUCUUCAGGAUAUGUCCCAACUCUUUGCAGACUUUCAUAGGUUGUUCCUUGUGCCAAACCCUCAACAAGAUUUAUUGGAAUCUUCCACGUGUUGUGUCCCAAACAUCCACAGAACUCCAUAGAUUCUUCUUCAGGUUGUGUUCCAACCCUUUACAAAAUUUCAUAGGUUUUUAUUUGGGUUAUGUCCCAACCCUUUGCAGAAUUCGAUGGGUUCUUCCUUAGUUUGUCCCAACCCUCAACAAAAUUUCAGAGGUUCUUCUUCGGGUUAUGUCCCGACCCUUUGCAGACUUUCAUAGGUUGUUUCUUGUGUCGUGUCCCAAACCCUUGGCAAGACUUCUUGGGAUCUUCCUCGUGUAAUGUCCCAAACAUCCACAAAACUUCAUGGGUUCUUCUUUAUGUUAUGUUCCAACCCUCAACAAAAUUCCAUAGGUUUGUCUUUGGGUUAUGUUCCAACCCUCAACAAAAUUUCAUAGGUUCUACUUCAGGUUAUGGCCCAACUCUUCCCAGACUUUCAUAGGUUCUUCCUUGUGUCAUGUCCCAACCCCUCAACAAGUUUUCUUGGAAUCUUCCACAUGUAAUGUCCCAAACAAAUCCACAGGUUCUUCUUUAGGUUAUGACCCAACCCUUUGCAGAAUUUAAUGGAUUCUACCUUGGGUUAUGUCCCAACCCUUUGC